AUGAAUACAGUUAUUACAGCAUACAGAAGACAUGGGUACCUUCACAAACCAGUCACAUUAUCUUACCAAAUGCAACUAACAGAGGAAGGCAAACUUGAUCCAGUAGUUGGGAGGCAGCCACAAAUUGAAAGAGUUACACAAAUAUUGGGAUGCCACACAAAGAACAAUCCUUGCCUUAUUGGUGAGCCUGGAGUAGGAAAGACAGCUAUUGCUGAGGGACUUGCUCAACGAAUAGCUUCAGGAGAUGUUCCAGAAACAAUUGAGGGUAAAAAGGUUAUUACUUUAGACAUGGGGUUACUUGUUGCAGGUGCAGCAGAAGGGGCAAUUGAUGCGGCCAAUAUCCUAAAACUAGCUCUCGCACGAGGACUACGUGAACGAUAUGAACUUCAUUAUAAGCUUCAUUACUCUGAUGAGGCUUUAGAGUGUGCUGCCAAAUUAUCACAUCAAUACAUCAGUGAUCAUUUUCUCCCUGACAAAGCAAUUGAUCUAGUUGAUGAGGCUGGCUCUCGUGUGCACCUCCGCCAUUCACAGCUUCCUGAAGAAGCAAAAGAACUUGGCAAAGAACUGAGAGUUGGGGGAAACUUCAAAGAAAGAUUGCGGGAGUUGGGUGGACUUGAUGCUGUUUGUGAUGUUGCUAUCAAUUGUUUUGGUUUUUUAAAAGAGUUUCUGGAGGAGCACUUUUUGGAUGCUGCCCUGAAAUUAGCUAAAAUGUCCAAAAUGAUUGAAAGUGUAAGAGUGUUGUUGAAAUGCAUGAAGGUGAUGGAAAAUGCAACUUUCUUAAGUGAGCAGAAUCAGAAGCAUUUGUUGGAGACAAACUUAAAGCUAAAAAGUAAAGGAUUAGAACUCUCUUUCAUCAACCUUGUGAUUAGUUGCAUCAGGACGUUGUCUGAACUGCUUGUGAAGCACAAAUCACAAAGUUCAGUUUAUGGGAGACACAGAAAUUCUACUGUGCCUGAGAAUGAUGCACAUGUUAGUCACAGUUCAAAAUGCCAUACAAAAACAAUGAAAGAGUCUCAGAUAUCUUCCACUGUCACAGCUGUAGAUGAAGACCUGAACAUGCAGAAGUGA